UCAAGUUGUGUUUUUAUGUUUUUUAUAUUUAUUUACUUAAAUGUAUUAUUUUUAAGUUUGAAAUAAUUUUUAAAAAAAAAUACUAAUAAAUAUUUAAUUUAGUUCCUGGAUAGCAAGGAUUGAAAAUUCCAAACCUAGUUUCAUCACUACCCCAAUUUCAGACAUCGGUUUGGUGGUGGUGGUGGUACUUAAUUAUAUAUCAAUCAAUCGAGAAAUCUCCUUGUGCUUGCUUGCUUUUACUACUGGAGACGGAGACGAGUAGUAGAAAGAAAAGAAAGAAACAACGAAUUAGGGUUUAUUGAGAGCUGCCCCUUUCCUUACCUUCAUUCCCAAUUUAAUUAGGGUUUCAGAAAUCCCGUCAAUCACACUUAAAGAGAGAUAUGUCAAAGAGGAAGUUCGGAUUCGAAGGCUUCGGCAUCAACCGCCAACAAACUUACAAUUUCGAGCGCUCCCAACCUCCACAGAGGCUCUACGUCCCACCACCUUCUUCCCGCUCCUCCGCCGGCCACGACAACUACGAAGACACUGACGUAGACCACAUCGAAUACGACGACGACAACAACCGAGACGACAACGACGUCGCCCAAAACAACAAGGAUGGCGACAACGACGACGAAAUUGACCCUCUCGACGCCUUCAUGGAGGGGAUUCAGGAGGAGAUGAGGGCGGUUCAGCCUCCCAAGCCGCCAAAACAGAACAAGUAUAGGGACGAUGAAGAGGAGGAGGAUGAUCCCAUGGAGAGUUUCCUCAGGGCCAAGAAGGAUGUAGGGUUGACGCUGGCGUACGAGGCUCUUCACGCUGGGUACGAUUCGGAUGAGGAGGUUUAUGCUGCUGCUAAGGCGGUCGAUGCCGGAAUGGUCGAGUACGAUUCUGAUGACAAUCCCAUUUUGCUUGACAAGAGGAAGAUUGAGCCUAUUCCCCCUUUGGAUCAUACUUCGGUGGACUAUGAGGCCUUCAAUAAGGAUUUUUACGAGGAGAAACCUUCUAUAUCAGGUAUGAGUGAGCAGGAUGUUGUUGAAUACAAGAAGAGCUUGGCUAUUCGUGUUUCUGGUUUUGACGUACCGAGGCCAAUUAAGACAUUUGAAGAGUGUGGAUUUUCUGCGGAUUUGAUGAAAACUAUUGCAAAACAAGCGUAUGAAAAGCCCACAGCAAUACAGUGCCAAGCGUUACCAAUUGUGCUAUCUGGGAGAGACAUCAUUGGUAUGGCAAAAACUGGCUCGGGAAAAACUGCUGCUUUUGUGCUUCCUAUGAUUGUCCAUAUUAUGGAUCAGCCUGAACUUGAGAAAGAUGAAGGUCCUAUUGGGGUGAUAUGUGCACCUACUAGAGAACUAGCGCACCAAAUAUACUUGGAGGCAAAGAAAUUUGCAAAAUCACACAGUAUACGUGUCUCCGCAGUCUAUGGUGGAAUGUCCAAGCUCGAACAAUUCAAAGAGCUAAAAGCAGGAUGCGAGAUAGUUGUUGCUACUCCUGGCAGAUUGAUAGACAUGCUAAAAAUGAAGGCACUGACAAUGUUCAGAGCUACUUACCUAGUGCUUGAUGAGGCUGAUAGGAUGUUUGACCUUGGAUUUGAGCCACAAAUAAGAUCCAUCGUUGGUCAGAUUAGGCCAGACCGUCAAACCCUACUGUUUUCAGCAACAAUGCCCCGCAAAGUUGAAAAGUUGGCCAGGGAAAUUCUCACCGAUCCUGUCAGAGUUACUGUGGGAGAGGUGGGAAUGGCCAAUGAGGAUAUUACUCAAGUUGUUCAUGUAAUUCCUUCUGAUGCCGAGAAGAUGUCUUGGCUUAUUGAAAAACUACCUGGACUCAUUGACAAUGGUGAUGUUCUAGUUUUUGCUUCGAAAAAAGCUACAGUGGAUGAGAUUCAAUCACAGCUGGAUCAGAGGGGGUUUAAAGUUGCAGCUCUUCAUGGUGACAAAGACCAGGCUUCUCGUAUGGAUAUACUGCAAAAGUUUAAAUCUGGAAUAUACCAUGUUCUUAUUGCGACAGAUGUUGCUGCUCGUGGUCUUGACAUCAAAUCGAUUAAGUCAGUAGUCAACUUUGAUAUAGCUAGGGACAUGGACAUGCAUGUCCAUCGAAUAGGAAGAACCGGCCGUGCUGGUGACAAAGAUGGAACAGCAUAUACUCUUAUCACACAGAAAGAGGCUAGGUUUGCAGGCGAAUUGGUUAACAGUUUAGUUGCUGCUGGUCAAAAUGCGUCGGCGGAACUGAUGGAUCUUGCUAUGAAGGAUGGGAGAUUCAGAUCCAAGCGUGAUGCAAGGAAAGGAGGUGGAAAAAAGGCUAGAGGAAGGGGUGGAAGUGGCAGUCGAGGCGUGCGUGGUGUGGAUUACGGUUUGGGUAUUGGAUACAGUGUAGACUCCACUAAUACUUCAUCUAGCACUGCCCCAAGUCGCUCUGCUGCUGUUAGUUCACAGAGAACUGGAAUGACACAGUUUAAAAGCAAAUUUGUGGCUGCUUCAUCUAAUUCUCAAUAUCAGGGCUUGAGUAACAGUUUAGGCACCAAUGCCAACAAGAGAACACCGUUACGAGGUUUUGUUUCUGGUGGCUCAAUAGGUGGUGAUGUAAAUGCUGCUUGGGCGACCAAUUUGUCGACUCCUGCUGCUGCUCCUCCCAUGUCAGGAGGGCACCCUAUUUGUCAGAGCUCCAGGGAAGAUGCAAGUCAUAAGAACUCAGAAAGUUCCAGAGAUAGACCUAAGGAAAGGCGCAGACGCUCUGGUUGGGACCAGGAUCAAUAAUUUUUGGUGAACGAAAUAUCGGCUUGUACAUGAGUGAUAGCUAUCUUUUAUUUCAACUUUUGAUCUUGUCUGUAUUUGUACCAUGCCCAAUAAUUUGCCUUGGUGCUUUUGUUGCUUUCUAAUCCCCUUACUUUGGUGUACAAUUAUAAAAUGAUUUAGAUACAGAGCUGUCAUCGUA